AUGGGAUCCAAAACCUUCGGGAAUUUUGGACUCCACUGCACUUUACUGUUACUUCUAGUUGCCUCUUUGCAUGGCAUAACGACAGAGAGCUUAGAGCACAAGCGUCGCAACAACGGCGGGUCGGCGAGGAAGCGGGAGAGGGCGAGUGGUGUCAGUUGCAAGAACAUGUUCCGAGGGAGGUGGGUUUACGACGAGACCUACCCGCUCUACGACUCCUCAAGUUGCCCCUUUCUGGAGCCAGAGUUCGAUUGCCAACGAUACGGCCGGACCGACAAGAUGUACCUCAAGUACAGGUGGAAGCCUGAUGGUUGUGAGCUCCCAAGGUUCGACGGCCAAGAUUUGCUGAAGAGGUGGAAAGGCAAGAAGAUUAUGUUUGUGGGGGACUCCAUCAGCUUGAACCAGUGGCAGUCACUGGGCUGUAUGCUUCAUGCCGCGGUGCCGAACGCCAGGACGACCUACACAAGAAAGGAGGCUCUCUCCACCAUCGCAUUCGAGGAUUAUGGAGUGUCGGUAGUGUACUACCAUACCACAUACCUGGUGGACAUAGUGAACGAACCCAUCGGCCGCGUCCUGAAGCUCGAUUCCAUCCAAUCUGGCUCGGUGUGGCUGGGCGCCGACGUGUUAAUCUUCAAUACCUGGCAUUGGUGGACUCACAGAGGAAACAGCCAACCGUGUGAGAGAUGCCCUAACUCAGAACCCUGCAUUAUUCUUUGGAAAAGCUGUUAUUUCAUCUACCAUGUCAGUCUAACAACAGCAAUCUUGUGGUGCAGAUGGGACUAUGUACAGGACGGAGUCCAGGUUUACAGAGACAUGGAUAGGUUGCUGGCCUUCAACAAGGGGCUAGCUACUUGGGCCAAAUGGGUGGAUUCCAACGUCAAUCCUGCCACAACCAAAGUCUUCUUCCAAGGGAUAUCCCCAACCCAUUACCUAGGGGUCGAUUGGGGAGACCCAAGUGCAAAGAACUGUUACAGACAGAUCCAACCAGUCAAAGGAUCAACUUACCCUGGUGGUCCAGUUCCAGCUCAAGGCAUCGUGAAGAGUGUUCUUAGUACCAUGACAAAGCCAGUUUAUCUGCUUGACAUAACCUUGCUCUCCCAACUCAGAAAAGACGCACAUCCAUCUGCAUACAGUGGAGAUCACGCAGGCAUGGAUUGCAGCCACUGGUGCGUUUCCGGCCUUCCAGAUACUUGGAAUCAGAUCCUAUAUGCAGCACUCUGUUGAUGGAAUAGAUGUUUCUGACAAUAUUUGUGGAAGGACUAGAAAGUACACAAUUGGUAACUGUUUAGAAGUUAGGAAGAAUUAUUUUCAAUAUCUGUUAAUGUAUUCUUCAGUGAUUCAAUGGGGGGUAUGGUCAGUGAUAAUAAUCUCUUGCUUGGACAAAUAUGAAAUCAAGAAGCCUAAAAAAAAACGUGGCAAAAUUGUAACAUUGUCAUUUGUCAUACCAAUAAAAUAUCAUUU